CUCAGCUCACCGUAUGAACCGAGUGCGUUGGUUGCUCUUACCCACGAAUAGUGACACUACCAGCGGCAUUUAGUUCUCUGCUCAGAGUUGUAAAAUGACAUCGACACCACCGCGAGAGCACGGCGUAGAAGGCGCGAAGUGUCACAAGUUUAAUGUUUGUGGAGCGAAGGUGGAAGCUAGCUAGCUAACCAAUGCUAAUGCUAAUCGUCAACAUCAGCAUAAUCUGAGUAUAAUGACGUUUUUCCAGCGGCGGCCAAGAUAAUUGAAAAUUUUUGGGUUGUCAUGUGUUUGACAAGCACUAGCGAUGUUUACUACAUGUGAAGUGAAACUGCGCUUCAUCCGGCUCCGCUGUGGACCUCUAGCCCCUCCAUAAGGACCGUGGCCAGUGGGGCGCCAUGAGUGGGACGGGGCAGCAGCAAGGGGGGGGUCUGCGCUCUCGCCGGGGGCCGGUGCGGGACAAGGACCCCGCCGGGCAGGGCAUGAGCAUGGAGGCGAGCUGCUGGCUGGCCCCCGGAGUGCUGCGCCGGCUGAUUGAGCUGCCCUCACCCCCCCUCUCGAGACACCAGCUCAAAAGGCUGGAGGAGCACAGGUACAGCAGUGCAGGACGCUCGCUGCUGGAGCCUCUAAUGCAGCGUUACUGGGAGUGGCUGGUGGCUCGCGUUCCUUCCUGGAUCGCUCCCAACCUGAUCACCAUUAUUGGCCUGGCUACCAACAUCUUCACCACGCUGGUGCUGGUCUACUACUGCCCGACUGCCACCGAGCAGGCUCCUCUCUGGGCGUACCUGCUGUGUGCGGUGGGUCUCUUUGUGUACCAGUCACUAGACGCCAUCGAUGGCAAGCAGGCCAGGCGAACUAACAGCAGCUCACCACUGGGGGAGCUGUUUGACCAUGGCUGUGACUCCCUCUCCACAGUGUUUGUGGUGUUGGGAACCAGUAUAGCGGUACAGCUUGGCACAAACCCAGACUGGAUGUUCUUCUGUUGCUUUGCUGGAAUGUUUAUGUUCUACUGCGCUCACUGGCAGACCUACGUGUCAGGAACGCUACGAUUCGGCAUCAUCGACGUGACGGAGGUGCAGCUCUUCAUCAUUACCAUGUACCUGCUGGCCGCUAUGGGAGGGUCUUCAUUCUGGCAGUCACUGAUUCCCAUCCUAAAUAUCCAGAUGAAAAUGGUUCCUGCCAUUUUCACAUUUUUAGGAGCCAUCUUUUCCUGCACCAAUUACUUCAGAGUUAUCUUCACAGGAGGCGUGGGCAAGAACGGCUCCACAAUAGCGGGAACCAGUGUCCUCUCUCCAGUGUUGCACAUUGGUUCCGUUAUAGUCCUGGCAGUGAUGAUUUACAAAAAGUCGUCUGUCCAGCUGUUCGAGAAACACCCAUGUCUUUAUAUUCUGGCGUUUGGCUUUGUCUCUGCCAAAAUCACCAAUAAAUUAGUUGUAGCACACAUGACAAAAAGCGAGAUGCACCUCCACGAUUUAGCCUUCUUGGGACCAGGACUCCUCUUCCUCAAUCAGUAUUUCAAUAGUUUUAUUGACGAAUACCUGGUGCUGUGGAUCGCACUGGUCAUUUCUUUGUUCGACCUGGUGCGUUACUGCGUCAGCGUCUGCAACCAGAUCGCCAGCCACCUUCACAUCUUUGUCUUCAAAAUCAAGCCUUGUUCUGUCCUCAGCUCGCCCAAGCACUGAGGCCAUGUCGGCCAUUACUGACUCUACUUCUCCGUCCCGCAGCCCCCAGUUAGUCGCUCUUGUUUCCCCACGUAGUCACUCACGCCCAGGGAGGAUGCCGUGUAAAGUUUGUGCUUCUGCCAAGUGAAUGUCGGGACAGAUAAUCUUUGUCCUAACCGUACUGGAGUGUUACUGUCAGUGUUUCCGCACAGCAAAGACUUCAGGUGCUACCAUACCAGAGAAACUUUGUUGUUUUAACAGAUUAUCUGCGAUAAAAAAGGUCACUAUUACAA